CUCCUUUCGAUCAUUAAUUAUCACAAGGGGGAAGAACCGCCAUCGUUAUCGAACCGUCUCCUCGUGUCGUAAGCGAAAAAGAGGGAAGAGAGGAGAAUAGCCGAGAUGUCCGACAGCGAGGACACGGAGGGCUCCUGCGCCGAUUGGAACAUAACGAAGGAAUGGCUCGAGAGUAUGCUCCAGGAGCACCAUGGCAAGGACUCCGAGCCCGCGGUGAGCGACUUCACGGUGCGGCCAGGAUGCAAUGCCGGCGAGAGCGUCCUCAGUGACAUUCUCGCGGUCAACGUGGAGUACCGGCCAAUGCCGGAGCAGCCGGACACCAAUCUCAGCCUCAUCGUCAAACGUUUGCCCCAGGAUCCCUAUAGCCGGUUCUUCGUCACCGAAGCCCAAUUUGACUUAAGGGAGAUCAGGUUUUACACGCAGGUCGUGCCUGAUCUGGAAGUAUUCCAAAAGCAAAAUCGUGGCGAGUCGUCGACAAUAAUUGAAUUGCCAAUACCCCGCUGUAUCCAUGCACACUACAGUCCAGCGAGCGGCACCGAGGACAGCCCAGUGCCACCCGAGUCCUUCCUCGUCCUCGAGAAUCUUGGGCCCAAAGGUUUCAAGGGUGCCGAGUUCUCGCGGGGUCUCACCCUCAAGCAGGCCGAGGCGGCACUUAACGCCGUCGCUAAAAUUCACGCGCUCUCGCUCACUCUCAAAGUCAAGGAGGGCAAACCCCUGUCAGAGAGAUAUCCCUUUCUCUUUCAGACAGCGAGAGCCACCGACUCAUAUCAGCAGCUAGUCGAGCGGGGCCUUCCUCAGCUGGCUCACUUCCUGGAAGGACGUCCGGGACUCGAGGCCGUGCUCGAGGCACUCCUGGCUCUACGGCCACGUACCAAGGAAGUAAUAGCGAAUCUCCUGGCACCGGAGGAUCCGCUCGCCCUCAUCACGCACACGGACUUCUGGUGCAAUAACCUGUUGUUUCGCAAGGGCGAUAGCGAUGAGUGCGAGUGCGCCGUCCUCGACUGGCAAAUGGUCACGUACAGUCGCCCGACAAACGAUGUCGCUCUUCUCCUAGUCAGUAGCUUGCCGACCGAGCUUAGGCGCGAGCACACACCCGCGCUCCUCGAUAACUAUUGGGCCACCCUCACUAGCACCUGCACCGUCCUCGGGCUCGACAUUGGCAACGAGCUCAACUACACUAGGUCCGACCUCGAUCGGGACUACCGGCGUUCGCAGCUGCUGGCGCUGCUGCUUUGCAUAGGAUCCGUCGACGUCGCCUUGGGUGAUCCCAUGACCGAGCAACGACUCAUCGACGUACUCGAGGAUCUCCACAAUGAGGGAGUGCUGGCCGUCAAAGACGUCGCCGAGGAUCAGUCACAGGAAGUGUGAAGCCCCAGAGUGGCUUUUCAUUAAAAAUCGUCGUUACAUCCAUCCUCGGCGUGCUCUCUCACCCUCGACUCUCCAAAAAUACGCCAACGUCGCAACGCUCUUUCGCUACAAGCGUGUUAAUGUAUGCGUAACGCCUAGAUGAGCUUAAGAGAGAAUUGCUUGACGAUGCGCACUGUGACCGCUUUUCAAGGCUCCUUGUCUUGAUAAAAUUCCUCCGCAACUCGUAGAUCUCCGUCAUUGGAUAUAACAUAAC